AUGGAUCACAUAUUGAGAAUAGUUGGUGCUAUGCUACGAGACGACCCAAAAGAGCGUCUUCUCUCGUGGGAGGUGCAGCUAGACCUUUUCGAUAUGCUUUAUCCUGAUAUGCCGAAUCAGGAUCGUGAGGAACAAGGACUAAGCAUCAUUCAAAGCCCGCCACUCAACGAGCCAUUGAGAAGUAGCCCACUGCAUCGAGCCGCUUCUCGAGGAGACUCAAUCCGCAUUCGACUGCUCUUCGGUGCUGGUUGGUUGAGUUCUGUUAGAGACAAUCGAGAUCUCCAUCCAGAGCAAAUAGUGCCGUUGACACCCUAUGAGAAUUUGAAACGAGACCUGUCUCGCCGACGGAUUCUAGAAACAGAAGUGGAUAUAUUCCAAGACUCAAGCGUCAGCAACCUCUCAACGCCAGCGUUAAUGCUAGGGCCAUUUAUCUCAAAUCGUCGCAGGACAGAUGAUGCCACCGCCCUACCGCAGGCGAUUAACACGUAUCGAGCAUGGUAUCAAAAAAUGCAUCCAGAAGGCAUGAACGCUCCACUUAUAAUAUCGUCCGCCACCCGUACACGCUUACACAUGGCGGCCAUUCAAGCAGAUGAUCGGGCAAUGAAGAGUCAUCCAGAAAUUUUUGAAGAUCUUUACACAGCAGACGAGUAUGGCAAGACGCCCUUGCAUUAUGCUGCCCGAUCCGCGACGGGAGAUAUAGUGGACAUGAUGCUUCUUCAAGUAAGGCUUCCAGUGGAUCUCUUAGAGGCGAAAGAUCUUAAUGGAGACACUCCUUUACACUGUGCUGCAAGUAGAGGGAACGAGCAGACCGUAAGGUCUCUUUUGCAGUUCAGACUUGGCGACGGAGCGCUUCGUAUGGAGAAUGAUGCUGCGAUGACACCAUUUCAGGUGGCGGAUCAUGGGGGCCGUGAAACAGUCGCAAAAUUGUUGAGGACUGCUGAUGACGGCCCUUUAUAG